AUGGACUUCCUCAAGUCCCUCGCCAAGCGCGUCAAUGUUGUCGUGUCGGCAUCCACGACCGAUAAGGAGCUGGCGGAGAUGAACCGAGAUCCGUGGUCGAAAUCCGCGAAAUAUGGCUACGGUUUCGUCUACUUUGCGGUCGUGUUGCUGGUCACCACCUCGCUGAUUCGAUUUUAUCACAUCUGGGGCGACAAGAUCCGGAUCGCCAAGUACAAAGAACAGCAAACAAUUGUCUUCGGUGGCUCCUCGAACAAUGUGUCGACGCCCGAUGAGUAUGAGCUCCCCAGUGCUGGCACGGACGCUUCGAGUGCGCAUUUCUUCCCGGCACCAACUCAAAAACCUCAGAUCAAGCGCGGCGAGUCCUUGGUCCAAAGGGUCAUUCCAUUGCAGAGAGCGAUUGCACUGAUGCGCUGGAUCUUUUAUCGACCUAUACCGGUUGUCAGGAUCGGAAGUCUGGAAUUUGUCUUUCCAUCCUUAGCAGUCACAGUCAUCGUUCUGGCCGCCCUGGUCUUCGUGGCUCUGUACUGCUUCCUGCCGCAGCCCUUGUACUACUGGUCGAUUGCCCUCGGAUCACCACCUUUGGCCAUUCGAGCGGGCAUGCUCGCAGUUGCCAUGGUCCCGUGGAUCGUGGCUCUCAGUACCAAGGCCAACUUCAUUUCCAUGCUCACAGGAUUGGGCCCGGAGCGAUUGAAUGGGCUGCAUCGGUGGUCCGCCUACAUUUGCCUGUUCUUGAGUCUUGUGCAUAUGAUCCCUUUCUACAUUACUCCGAUCUGGGAGGACGGAGCUAUGAUCAACUACCGCACGUUCAUCACGCUGCCCAUGUACGUAUAUGGUACGGGGUUAGCAGCCAUCGUCCCUUUAUUAGUCCUGUGCGUUCACUCGCUCCCAUUUUUCCGGCAUAAAUUGUACGAGCUUUUCGUGGCUAUUCACAUCCCCGUUUCUUGGAUCUUUGUGGCGAUGCUCUUUUGGCAUACCAAGAACUUCUUGUCAUCCUGGGGUUAUCUUUGGACAACCGUCGUGAUCUGGAUUAUCACGUACAUCAUCCGGUUGUUCUAUCUGAACUGGACGAAUCCUUUCCGCCUGGCAUCCUUCAUGAUUGGAGAAGAGUCUGCAGUGACAUUACUUCCUCAGGGAGCUAUUAAGGUGACGGUUCCUACUCAAAUGCGCUGGCGCCCCGGCCAGUAUGUCUACUUACGCAUGCCGAGUAUCGCCUUCUUCGAGAGCCAUCCAUUCACCAUUGCAUCCCUGUGCAGUGACGACUUCCCAUCUGAGUAUGGCGAGGAAUACCGGGACUGUACCCUUGUCUUCCGACCUUCUCGUGGAUUUACACGGAAAGUGUUUCGCAAAGCGCUUGAGAAUGGCCCUUUCCGAACGUACACGGCCUUCUUAGAGGGGCCGUAUGGUGGCAUGCAGCGUGAGAUGGCUGCUUUUGACGACGUGGUUUUCUUUGCUGGUGGCAGUGGUAUCACUGCGAUUGCCAGUCAGCUACUGGACCUGAUCAAGAAGAUUCGGGAUGGCAAAGCCAUCACCAAAUCGGUCAAGGUCAUUUGGGCACUGAAGAACACAGAGACCAUGGAGUGGUUCCAAGAAGAGCUUCGAAUAUGCAAAGACCACGCGCCCGCUGGUAUUCUGCAUUGUCACUUCUUCCUGACGGCCGUCAAAGAUGACCCAGGAGACCGUGACAUCGUACAAGAGAAGAUCUACGGCAUGCUACAAGGCAUUGACAAGCGAAACUCUGCAUAUAUCCGCGAAGAAGCCGGAGGCGACGCCGAGAGGGAAAAGGAACUACGACGCGAGAACGAAGACGGACUCGCCGCUUUGCCUGGAGCAUAUACCGCUUCCCACGUCGCUAAUAACCGCCACUAUUAUCAGCCUGGAAUGGAUCCACAUGCUGCUGCAGGUGCACAUGGGUUGAACAACAACGUUCCGUUCGACUUUGGAUUUGGCAGCCCUCAAGUCAUGCAACAAAGACAACCGGCGCCAACACCGCGAUUUGCUUAUUUCCAACCCGGAUUAAGACGGGACAACUGGCGGACAGAUUAUUUCCGUCCCGACAUCUCGCAGAUGCUUACUGAUUUCUCGAAGACUUUUGGACGGCGAGCUUGUGUCUUUGUUUGUGGGCCACCCGGUAUGCGUGUGGAAGUAGCCAAUACUGUGGCUAAACUCCAGCAGCAAGUUAUGACGGGUUCCUCUCGAGAUGAGAUCUUCUUGCAUGCGGAGAAUUAUAACAUCUAA